AUGGCAGGCGGCGUGGUGGUGAACGCGGCCGGGGGCAAGACGUACCCCGGCCGCAUGACGGCGUUCGUCUUCUUUACCUGCCUCGUGGCCUCCUCGGGCGGGCUCAUCUUCGGCUACGACAUUGGCAUCUCCGGCGGCGUCACGUCCAUGGACUCGUUCCUCAGUGAGUUCUUCCCCUCGGUGUACGCCAAGGCCAAGGCGAACAAGGACACCAACCAAUACUGCAAGUUCGACAGCCAGCUGCUGACGCUCUUCACGUCGUCGCUCUACCUGGCGGCACUGGCGACGUCGUUCGUGGCGGCGUGGGUCACGCGGGUGUUCGGCCGCAAGUGGUCCAUGUUCUGCGGCGGGAUCACCUUCCUGGCUGGCUCCGCGCUCAACGGCGCCGCCACCGACGUGCUCAUGCUCAUUCUGGGUCGCAUCCUGCUCGGCGUCGGCGUCGGCUUCGCCAACCAGUCGGUGCCGCUGUACCUGUCGGAGAUGGCGCCGGCGAAGCUCCGCGGCAUGUUAAACAUUGGCUUCCAGCUCAUGACCACCAUCGGCAUCCUUGCCGCGAACUUGAUCAACUACGCGACGGUGGGCAUCAAGGGCGGCUGGGGCUGGCGCAUCGGGCUCGGGCUCGCCGGCGUGCCGGCGGCCGUCAUCACGCUGGGCGCGCUCGCGCUGCCCGAUACGCCCAACUCCCUCAUCGCCCGCGGCUACACCAACGACGCCAAGGCGGUGCUUGUCAAGAUCCGGGGCACGGACGACGUGCACGACGAGUACGACGACAUGGUGGCCGCUAGCGAGGAGGCCCGCACGAUUGAGCACCCAUGGCGCAACAUCCUGGAGCGCAAGUACCGGCCCCAGCUCACCGUGGCCGUGCUGAUCCCCUUCUUCCAGCAGCUCACCGGCAUCAACGUGAUCAUGUUCUACGCGCCCGUGCUGUUCCUCACCAUCGGCUUCGGCGGCGACGCGUCGCUCAUGUCCGCCGUCAUCACGGGCCUCGUCAACAUGUUCGCCACCGUGGUGUCCAUCGUCUCUGUCGACCGCCUCGGCCGCCGCGCUCUGUUCCUCCAGGGCGGCACGCAGAUGUUCAUCUCCCAGAUCGUCGUCGGCACGCUCAUCGCCCUCCAGUUCGGCACCGCCGGCGUCGGCGAGAUGUCCCGGUCGUACGCCAUGCUGCUGGUGCUCUUCAUCUGCCUCUACGUCGCUGGGUUCGCGUGGUCGUGGGGCCCCCUCGGAUGGCUCGUCCCCUCCGAGGUGUUCUCGCUGGAGAUCCGGUCGGCGGGGCAGAGCAUCGCCGUGUGCGUCAACAUGCUGCUCACCUUCAUCAUCGGCCAGUCCUUCCUCACCUUGCUCUGCCACCUCAAGUUCGGCCUCUUCUACUUCUUCGCCGGGUGGAUGCUCGUCAUGACUACCUUCGUCGCGCUCUUCCUGCCGGAGACCAAAGGGGUGGCCAUCGAGGAGAUGAACUUCGUAUGGAGCCGGCACUGGUUCUGGGGAAAGUACGUCACAGCCCCUGACCACGCCGGCGGCAACCGCAGAACCAACGGCGUCUAA